AUGCCUCUUACCAACAGCAGUUCGUCUGAUUUGAUUCCCCAGCCCUGGAGGGAGCCCCAGGUGAUGAUUUCCAUAGCCAUCUUCAGCUUCACUUUCUUGUUGGGGCUGCCAGGCAAUGGGUUGGUAUUCUGGGUGAUUGGAUUGAAGAUGAAGCGUACAGUGAAUACAGUAUGGUUCCUCCAUCUCACCGUGGCUGACCUCUUCUGUUGUCUCUCUGUGCCCUUCUCCCUCAUUCACUUAGUCCUCCAAGGACACUGGCCCUAUGGCUGGCUCUUAUGCAAGCUCAUCCCUUCCAUCAUCGUCCUCAAUAUGUUUGCCAGUGUCUUCCUACUUACGGCCAUCAGUCUUGACCGUUGUGUUGUAGUGCUACAGCCAGUAUGGUGCCAGAAUCAUCGCACUGUGAAGAUGGCCUUCACCUUCUGUGCAGGGAUCUGGGUCCUGGCUUUUGCAAUGUGCACACCUGUGUUUUUGUACAGGAAAACCUUUACUGAGAACAACUGUACUGUGUGUGCCUACAACUUUGAAGAGCACAGUGCAUCAGAUUAUAUUUACUUUAGUCCUAGCCUGGUAGAAGAAGGCUCACUCGAGAACUUCUCUGUACCUGAGUUGACUGGCAAGAUGGAAGGUACCUUAUAUCCCUCAUCUUCCAGGAAGGAUGCUUCUCCUUGGCUUUCUACCACCACUGAUACACCUGGAACUUCUGGUGUUUUCUUCGGUCAUUCUGGAGAUACACUUACUGUGAGUUCAGUUAAUUUAAAUAAUCAUCAUCCCUUUCCUGAUUUAUCAGAACUGCCAGAUCAACUUCAUGCUGAAUCACCUACAGUUCCUCCUGUUUUACCUGAGUUUACCAACAAUGAUUCCAGUACUGAUACACCGAGAAAUUCUGAUGUUCUACCCUAUGACAGUGCAGGAGCUUUACCCUGGACUUCUAGCAAUCCUUUAGAUAUCCCUGAAGUGACAGAAAAUUUCUUGGAUUUUAUUUAUGAAUAUGAUUUCAAUGAGAACCAACUGUCAACAACCUUGGUGGCCAUCACAGUCACAAGACUGGUGAUAGGUUUCCUUCUGCCCUUCGCCAUUAUGAUGGUCUGUUACACCCUCAUCAUUUUUCGUCUAAACAGAAGUCACUUUGCUAAAUCUAGGAGCAAAACCCUGAAAGUGGCUGUAGUGGUAGUCGUCACCUUUUUUGUCUGCUGGACUCCAUAUCAUAUUAUUGGGAUUCUGUCGCUGUUAGCAUCUCCAUAUAGCCCACUUGGAAAGGCAGUGAUAGCACUGGACAAUCUCUCCAUUGCACUGGCAUCUGCCAAUAGCUGCCUUAAUCCCCUGCUCUAUGCUUUCAUGGGAAAAGGUUUUAGGCAAAAAGCACAGCAGUCCAUACAGGGCAUUCUGGAGGCUGCUUUCAGUGAAGAUCCCAUGCAUUCUUCUAGUUAUCCCCAGAACAAAACCUCCCUGACUCAAGACAUUGUCAGCACGGCUGUGUGAGAAGAUGGGAUCAGUGGAAUGAUACAACCCCAAUAAGGCUAUGUCCAAGGGUAUGUUUUCAAUAGAAGAUAUCAUGGUGACUAGGAGAUUUGGAAUAGAAUUCAUUGGGGGAACCAUGAGAAGUCAUUCUAGAUAAUAGGAGCACCUGGGUCCUAAGGACCUAACCUAUAGAGGUUAUUUUAGUUUUUUUUUUUUAAUUUUAAUAAUAGCCUUUUCUUUUCAAAAUUUUUCAAAGAUAGUUUUCAACAUUCACCUUUACAAAACUAAAUUUUUCUCCUUCCCUUCCCCCCAUCAUUCUUCCCCAAAAUAGCAAGUAAUGCAAUAUAGGUUAAACAUGUGCAAUUCUUCUAAACAUUGUCUCUACAUUUAUUGUGCUACAUAAGAAAAAAUCAGAAAAAAAAAAUGAGAAAGAAAACAAAAUGAAAGCAAACAAUAUCCACAUUCAGUCCCCAUAGUCCUCUCUGCAGAUAGUUUCUCCAUCAUAAGUCUUUUGGAAUGGGUCUAAAUCGAGAUUAGUUUAGUUUUGAAAUUUAACUGGCUCAGGGAAUCCAGGUUUUACUUAUAGAGGGAAUUUCCUCAAUAAGUACAUAAGAACUUCUUGAGUAUAAAAACAUCCAGAACAUAAGGACUUGAUAUCUCUCUUUCAGGUUUCUGCCCACAGAUCCUAACAUUACCACAAGCAGAAUUAUGCUUAUGAGUCAAAGUAAUAACUUGGGUGAACAUCCCUUCUCUGUACUGAAUGUCCUUCCCCUGAUACAGCAAUUUCUGUAAAUUGAGAAUGUCUUGUCUCCUUCCAAUUCUGAACCUAAGAUACCUUACCAAUCUGGUUGAACCUGAUCCAUAACAAUCCCUAUGCUUGAAUAGAAUUGCAUGCCAUUAGACAAGUCACUUAAGCUCCCAAUUUCCUCAUUAUUACAAGAGUUGUACUGGAAGAUUUCAUUUUCAACACCAAAAUUUUGGUAAAUGUGAUGCUUAAGUUUAAUGCAUAAGAACCAGGAUGAAAGAUUUAUUGGCAAGAGAUAGUGAAGAGUGAGAUCUAUAAGCCAAUUAAAAUAUAGGAGAAUCUGAUUUUUAAAAAUCUAUUUUAAUGUUUACUCGCCAUUUUUUUAUCUUUUACAAAAGCUUUUUUUAUUUUUCAAAGAUAUAGCAAGAACAAAAGUACAACCAUCUCUCCCCCCAACACUUUGGGGACACACUAUCACCAUACCACUUCACUCUGAGGGCAUAAACUUAGCAUUUUUUUUCUUAACACAGUUUCUACAUAACAUUAAUCCCAUCAAUUCAUAUCCAAAGGAGGCUUGACUAAGGAGCCCAGCUACUGCUGGAUUGGGUCCAAAAUGUCAUUCCAAAAUCAUAAAAGCGUGAAAAAGACCACAUGUGCAAAAAUGUUUGUAGCAACUCUUUUUUGUGAUAGCAAAAAAUUGAAAAAGGAAUGGAUGCCCAUCAAUUGGAGAAUGACUGAAGGUAAUGGAAUAUUAUUGUUCUAUAAAAAAUGAUGAACAAGCUUAUUAUAGUAAGACCUGAAAAGAUUUACAUGAACUGAUACUGAACAAAACAAGAACCAGGAAUACAUUGUGUACAAUAACAGCAAGAAUGUGUGAUGAUCAACUAUGAAAAACUUGGUUCUUCUCAGUAGUUCAGUGAUCUAAAGGAAUCUUAAUAGACUUUGGACAGAAAAUGUCAUCUUCAACAAGAGAAAGAACAGAAGAGACUAAAUGUAAAUCAACAAAACGCUAUGAUCACUUUUUUUUUCUGGUUUUUUUUUAAUCUCUCCCAUGUUUUUUCCUUUUUGUUCUGAUUUUUCUCUCCCAACAUAAUUCAUAAAACAAUGUGUGUUAAAAAAUAAAUAAACCAAUUAAUGGGGGGAAAAUGUCACUCCAAAAGUUGGAAAGUUGAUCACUUUUUGCUUCUCCAAAUAUUGAUGCUGUAAGUCCUGACUUGUCAAAAAUUCCUAGACUCCUGAAGGCUACAACCUCUUGCUACUUUAAAGUCCUUUGUUUUAAACUAAAUCCUCUCCUUACUACCAUUUACUCUGCUUUAGUAAAAAUGAAUUGUUGAUGUAUUUAUGUCUUCUGUAAAAAGAAUGUGAAAAAAAAGAUAUUUUGGAAGUCCUUGAAGAUAAAAGGUGAUAUUUAGAAUACAACUGGGGCAGACCACAAUGCAUAUGCUCUAGAAGUUGCUGUCUAGAGUUCAGCCAAUUAGUAAACUGGCAAAUAUUUAUUGAGUAUGUAUUGUGUAUAUAGAGCAUUGUUAUAUCUCUAAAUAAUAUUCUUUUUAAAAUUAUGUCAUUAAAUUUAAAAUAAUGUUUUAUCCUUGCCUUUUGCCUUUAUUUUGAAGUCAUUUCAACUUCCCAAAUCCAUAACUGAGUAUUCCUCUAUGUCAAUUGAUGUAAUGACUAUAUCUGACAAUAUCCUGUCUAAGUCUCCUUUUUUUCUAUUUCAAGAGAUCAGGUGAGAGGAAUUAUCUUUAAGUAUUAGUUCUCCAGUUCUAGGACUUUCACUGGUUUUUUCAGCUGCUCGAAAUUCAAACACCUUUUACUAAUUCUGCUUAUUUUGAUCUACCUCCGUUUAUACUAGAUGUCCCAAAAGUCUUAGUGUAGUUUUAAGCUACUAAAAUUUAAGUAUACUAAGAUAAGUAUUGUUUGUCCUUCGUUCUUGAAGAGGACCAAUGACAUCACGGGGUGAUAACUUGUAUGUGAUUGAAUUUGAAUGAGGCAAGAUUAUGCAAAGUCAUCAGUCUCACUCUUUUCCAGAAUUAUUGAAGUCCAGUGACAGGACAAGAGUCAAAAAUGACGAAUGAUGGCCUAGGAUGUAGAUAGAUGACCUUGGUAUCUUUGAUGUCUGGGCAAAUUGUUCUUAGCUACCCAUCCCAACAAAGAAGUCUUCACAUGCUUGGGGUAGGCAUUCCCCUAACUUGCUGGCAGGUUUGAGAACUCCCAAUUUACCUUCAACUUGGAUUAGUCUGUCUGCCAAGCCAGUUUUACUGGGGUGUGACUUCUUAACUAAACUAAGACUAUUUUUUUUAAUUAAAGCUUUUUCUUUUCAAAACACAUGAAGGGAUAAUUUUUCAACAUUGACCCCUGCAAAAACUUGUAUUCCAAAUUUUCCCCUCUUUCCCCCAAAGUAUAUCAACAAGACUGUACGGCAUAAUAAAUUGGAGCUCUUUUCUCACCCUAUGAAUCUCUACUUUGAGCUCUCAAUCAAGAUGGCUGCAAUAAGUUUUUUUUAAAUUUUUAUAAACUACCUUGACUAUUAGGCUACUAAAGCUUAAAACCAUACUAAGACUUUGGGGAUAAUCUGUACAUAACCAUCUUCACUUUUUUUCUGAAUCAAUCAACGAGUAUUUGUUGUACCUAUUAUAUGUCAGUAAUGUCAAAUGCAAAGGUGCAAUGGAAAUAGAUUCUGCCUUCAGAUUCAUGUUAUAGUUUUUUAAUAGCCAUUCUCCAAUUUGGGGUAAAUAGUUUCCAGUUUUUUAUAUGUUUGUUUUUGCUACCACAGAAGAGUGUUACUAUGAAUAUAUUGGUAUAGAUUGGAUUUUUUUUCAUCAAUCUUUGACAUCCUUGGGAUUUCUGGAUCAAUAGAAAUGGACAGUUUCACCUCUUGAAUUGAAUACUUCCACAUUGUUGCCUUUUCUUCUCAUAACCCCUCUGACAAGACUACUAUUAGCAUGUUUUCAAAUCUUUUAUAGUUUACAAUGAUUUUGAAAACUCCUUUGCUUACUCAAAGGGGAGCAGCUGUGGAACUAAACAAAUUCAAGCAGUGAAUUAAUUAGAGUUGUAUUUAUCCUAUGUACUCUCUGGAUAUGGUUGAGAAUCUGGAAAAGACUGUGGAUGUGAAACCACUUGGAAGAUUUUUAUUGUGAUUAAUUUAAUUGUCAAUUCUAUCCAAAAGUAAAAGCAUUUUAUUUCA